AUGUCUCACGCUCCCGAUGUCGAGGGCGACCUCAAGUCCAAACUCGGUGUAAGCCACGUCGAGCACAGCAACGCCGAUUACACCAGAAACAUCGAAGCCAGGAUCCGCAACCCCCUCCUCGGCAUCUCCAAGCCCGACCUGGUCGCCCAGGUCGAUGCCUUCUGCCGCGAGUUCGGCUUCCCCGACAAGCAGGACGUCUUCCUGCGCGGGGCCCUCGCCGCCCAACACCCGGACUUGUACGAGUCGCUCGACGAGCUCACCGACGACGACAGGCGCGCUCUCGGCCGCGAGGUCACCCACCGGUGGCACCUCCCGCGCGACCUCUACCUCAGCGUCGCCCUCUGCUCCCUCGGGUCCGCCAUCCAGGGGUGGGACAACACGGGCGCCAACGGCGCCAACCUCUCGUUCCCGCGCGAGUUCGGCAUCGACGGCCCCGAUCACCAGGCCCUCGUCGGCGUCGUCAACGCCGCGCCCACCCUCUUCGGCCUCAUCAGCGCCUGGGCCGCCGACCCCAUCAACGACCGCCUCGGCCGCCGCGGCACCAUCUUCCUGACGGGCCUGUUCUGCGUCUUCCCCGUCCUCGCCCAGGCCUUCACCCGCAACUGGUGGGGCCUCCUGCUCUGCCGCCUCUUCAUGGGCCUGGGCAUGGGCGUCAAGAUCUCCACCAUCCCCGUCUACUCGGCCGAGGUCGCCCCCGCCGCCGUCCGCGGCGGCAUCGUCACGAGCUUUCAGCUGUGGGUCGCCUUUGGCAUCUUCGUCGGCUUCUGCUCCAACCUGGUCUGGUACCGCAUCGGGGACCUGGCCUGGCGGUUCCAGCUCGGCGCCGCCUUCGCCCCGGCCGUCCCCGUCCUGAUCUUUGUGUGGUUCUGUCCCGAAUCGCCGCGCUGGCUGAUGAAAAAGGGUCGCUACCAAGACUCGUUCCGGUCCUUCUGCCGCCUGCGGAACACCGAGAUGAUGGCCGCCAGGGACCUGUACUACGCCCACAGGCAGCUCAUCGUCGAGAAGGACGCCUUCGGCGGCCGGACCCUCGUGCGGCGCAUGGCCGACCUGCUCACCGUCCCUCGCCUGCGCAGGGCCACGCUCGCCUCGUCCUGGAUCGUCGUCUCCCAGCAGUUCAGCGGCAUCAACAUCAUGGCCUUUUACUCGUCCACCAUCUUCGAGCAGGCCGGCUACUCCACGCGCAACUGCCUGCUGGCCUCCAUGGGCUUCGGCCUCGUCGUCUUCGUCUUCGCGUUCCCGGCCGUCUACGUCAUGGACACCUUUGGCCGGAGGAACCUGCUGCUGGUCACCUUUCCCAACAUGGCGUGGUGUCUCCUCGCCGCGGGCCUCUGCUUCUUGAUGGAUCAGGGCUCCAGCGCCAGGGUUCCGCUGAUUGCCUUCUUCAUCUACCUCUUCGCGGCCAUGUACGGGCCCGGCAUCGGCCCUCUGCCGUCCAUCUACUUCUCAGAGGCUUUCCCCCUGUCUCACAGAGAGAUCGGUUCGGCGUUCACAAUCUGCGUAAACAACGCAAUCGGCAGCGCCCUCACCCUGACGUUCCCCGAGCUGCUGCACAGGAUCGGGCCAACCAGGGCCUUUGGCCUGUACGCCGGCCUGAACAUGCUGGCCUUUGUCGUCAUCUUCUUCCUGAUCCCGGAGACCAAACAACGGACGUUGGAGGAGCUGGAUUACAUCUUUGGGGUCCCUACACGCCGACACGCCGCUUACCAGGUCCGCACGUGGUUGCCUUGGGUCGUGAGAAGAUACGUUUUCUUCGAGAGGAGUGCCAAGCUUGAACCACUUUAUCAUCUUGAGUAA